AUGAUAACUAUACCUUGCAUUGUUACCGGAACUCCCACUCAGACUAACGUGUUCUGGAGACAGGUGGUCAAUGGUGUUCCAACUAACGUAGUUAUAAAUGGUAACAGUAGAUAUACUGGAGGUUCCACCUCAACUCCAUCAUUGACAAUAACCAACACAGAGAAUUCCGAUGAAGGAACAUACGUAUGCUAUGCUACAAACAUUGUUGGUACAUCUAACAGUCAAAAUUCAUCUUUAAACGUUAUUGGAGGCGUUCCAAAUGUGACAAUUGCAGGAUUUAGUUUUCACGUUCAAAUAUGCAAUUCCAUAACAAUAGAAUGUACUGUUACCGCCAUUCCUGUUGUUACUAGUGUGUAUUGGACCAGAAAUGUGACCGGACAGAUAACCAAUAUAGGGCCCUCAUACAAUCCUAGUAAAUACGGUGGAUCUACUACCGUCACACCAUCUCUAACUAUAUUUAACGCUAACUUCAGUGACGAAGGAAACUACCAGUGCUUCGCCACAAAUUCUAUAGGAACUGGUUCAAGUCAGGAGACAUCACUUGAUGUACAAGCAGAGAUCCCAACAGUACAUGUUAACUUUCCAAGCUACAAUGUAAAUUAUUUUAGCUCGAUAAUUCUUAUAUGUUCCGUUGUUUCGAAACCUGCUGUUAUACGAGUUUACUGGAAAAAGACUUUGGAUGGAACAACAACAGAUAUUGAUGUCACCAAUAGUGGCGGGAAAUAUUCCGGUUCCACGAUUUCUACUCCAUCUCUGACUAUUAUCAAUGCUGCAUCAACCGAUGAAGCAAACUAUACAUGUUAUGCCAUAAAUUGUGUUGGAUUUGGACAGAGUACAGAUAUCUCAUUAAAUGUGAUCGGCAAGAAACCAACUGUUACAAUACAACAAAGGAUAUAUAAUGUCAACUAUGGUAUUACUGCUGUUCUUGUAUGUUCAGUCACAGCAAAUCCAGCUCAUACAAUCGUUUACUGGCGAAAGAUAAAGGAUGGCGUUACUUCAGAUAUAUAUGUAGCUAACAGUAACAACAAGUACAGUGGUUCUACAGUCAGUAACCCGUCUCUACAAAUAAAUAACACUGAUUUUAACGAUGAAGCAUAUUAUGUUUGCUUUUCUUCAAAUAUUGUUGGAACUGGACAAAGUACACAGACGUUCCUAGAUGUGUCUGGGGAUAUUCCUGUGGUUAUAAUAUCUGUCAACACUUAUUCGGUUUUACUAAGCGGUACAGUAACAUUGCAAUGUACAGUUUCCUCUAACCCAGCUCAUACCUCUGUCACGUGGCAAAGAAGAGUUAUCGGUGUACUCACUACAGUAACAGUUGAUGGGUCCAGAAUAUAUGGUAGCACUGUCAGUUCACCAUCUCUCAUAAUCAGUAAUGCUGUAUCUGGUGACGAAGGGAACUAUAUCUGUACUGCAACCAAUGUUGUUGGAAACGGAUCCAGUCAACAGACAUUCUUAGACGUCACAGGAGAUAUUCCUACAGUCACAGUCGCUCAGAAUCAAUAUUCUGUUAACUACAGGCAAACUGUAACACUGAUAUGUACAGUACAAGCUAAUCCAAUGGUGACAAGUGUUAACUGGAGAAAAAUUGUAAAUGGAAAUGCAACAAGAAUAAAUAUGAACAAUGUGCGGUAUACAGGUUCGACUGUAAUUUCACCCUCACUAACCAUCGCUGCCUUGGAGUUAUCUGAUAAAGGACACUAUCAAUGUUCUGCACAGAAUAGUGUGGGUACUGGAUAUAGUAAACAAACAUUUUUAGAUGUGAUUGGAGACGUUCCAUCUGUACAAGUUUUGUCCAACACCUUUUCAGUAAUUUUUGGAGGCAUAGUAGUCCUUGGUUGUCAAGUUAUUGCCAAUCCAUCGGCAACAAACGUUUAUUGGCAAAAACUUGUGAAUGGUGUUCUUAUAACAGUUGAUAUGAGUACAAAUAACUUUAACAAGUACAGUGGAUCUACAGUACAAUCUCCUUCUCUAACUAUCAUUAGUACUACAGAGGCGGAUCAAGGGAAUUACGUCUGUUCUGCUACAAACUCAGCCGGAACAGCUUCCAGUAGUCAGACGUUUUUGGAUGUUGUAGGCAAUAUACCCACAGUAAGUAUACCUCGGAGUACAUACAGUGUAAAUGUUGAUAGUCAAAUUACUAUUCCUUGUACUGUGUCAGCCAAUCCCUUAGAGACCAAUAUCUACUGGACCGUAACAGUCGGCAGCAACGCAGAACAGACCAUAUCCAUGACGAAUACCCAGAAAUAUCAAGGAUCUUCUAUAAACUCACCUUCACUGAUCAUUCUCAGUACGACUCAGAGUGACUCUGGUGUUUAUAGAUGUCAUGCAACAAACAAUGUUGGUACCGGACAGAGUAAUCCGACCACACUUAAUGUUAUAUACCAACAGUGA